AUGGAGUUGUAUCUAAAUGUUUGCUGGUGGCAUGUUCAUUUGACGACAUGCCAUCUCCAUCUCUACGAGGGCCCGGACUACGAGGACGACCAGAGCGAGUCUGCUGGGGUGCUGCUGGAGAGAGGGUGUUUAGGGGACCUAAUUCUCUUUGUGUUGGACGAGGUGGUGGAGAAGGGCCCGGACUACGAAGACGACCAGAGCGAGUCCGCAGGGGUGCUGCUAGAGAGGGCAGUGGACCACCCGCGGCUUCUCUUUUGCGAGCGCUUCCUGGAGCUGCUCAUAGACCUGCUCAGCCAGCUGCCCACACGCAGGUUCUUUCGUCCUGUAGUGGAUGACAUGGCCGUCGCCGCCCGGUGCCGCCUGAGCCGGCUGUACCGGCACCAGCGUGGCCGUCUUUUUGUGCAGCUGGUGGAUCUGCUGCGAUUCUACGCUAGAUUCCAAAUGGACGACCACGCCGGGCGGCAACUGGAUGAGGAGGAGGUGGACAGGGAGCACUGCGCUCGUGUGUCGGCCCUUCAGCUGUUCCUCUUUAACAAAGUGCCAGAGGACGAGGAGGAGGUGGAUAGGGAGCACUACGCUUGGGUGUCGGCCCUUCAGUUGUUCCUCUUCAACAGAGUGCCAGAGCUACGUGACGUCGCCCUGACCAACGUGGGAAGUGUGGAGCAUGCUGACGACCUACGUGACGUCGCCCUGACCAACGUGGGAAGUGUGGAGCAUGCUGACGGAGUGCGCAAGUGGAUGGGGCGACUCACAGACGAGCAGCUGGCGGAGCUGGUGCUCAACAAGCUGAAGCUGCUGUCUCGAGCAGGCCUGCCAUACUGGCCCAAUACCAACCUCCCCCCCCCCCCCCUUCCACCCUUUCCCCUCCCCGCCCUUCUCCCCCUUUCUACCACCGUGCAGCUGAAGCUGCUGUCUCAAGCGGGCCUGCCGUACCGGCCGCCACGCCACCUCCUCUCCUCCACUCGCCGCCCCAAAGCUCCCACACGAAUGGUGGUGGAAGAGGGUUCAGAGGAGCAGCAGCAGGAGCAGCAGGAGGAGGAGGAGGAGGCAGAGCAGCAGUACUGGGAGCAGCAGCGGGCGGUGCUCUUCCACCGUCUCCGCCCGUUCCUAGAGGAAGUAGUCGUCUCCUUCUUCGAGAAGAAGCGCUCCCAGCGAGCAGCACUCAACGCACUGCCUCUCUACCCCAACGAGGACGUCAUGUGGGACGAGAGCCUCAUCCCCAGCGUGAACUACACCGGAGAAGGCUGCUUGGCACUGCCGAAACUUAAUUUGCAGUUCCUCACGUUGCACGAUUACCUGCUGCGGAAUUUCAACCUGUUUCGGCUCGAGUCGACGUACGAGAUUCGGGAGGAGGUGCACGAUGUGCUAAAGCGGAUGGGGGCGAAGGGGAGCAUGUACAGCAGCGUGGACCGGGAUACGGAGUUCACCGGCUGCGGCCGAUGCUGCUGCGGCACAGGCGGUGGCGCAGGCGAGCGAGAGGCGGGAGAGGAUGGGGCGGAGGAGGAGGAAGCAGCGGCGGAUGCUGCUGCGGUGGUCUCGUCGCUGUCCGUCCCGCAGAGAUACGGGUUAAGAUAUGUGCGGGGGUGCGAGGUGAUCGAGUUGCGCGAUGAGGACAACAAGCUGAUGAAUGACUUCUCUGGAAGGGUGAAGCGGGAGGAGUGGAAACCACCCAAAGGGAACAAGCGCACAGCUCUCGUCGCCCUCGAUCCCGCCCAGUUCCAGCUGGAUUUAGAGGCCAAUGGAGGGACGCUGAGAGGAGCGCAGGAGGAGGUUUACUCGGCUUUAAACGUGGUGAUGCGGAGGAAGCCAAAGGAGAAUAACUUCAAGCCGAUUCUGGAGUCGAUCCGGGAUCUGAUGAACGAGGAGGCGUCGGUGCCAGGCUGGCUGCAUGACUUGUUUUUGGGGUACGAUGAUCCGGCAGCCGCCAGCUGGCGGCGCAUGCCUGCUGAGCUGGCGCCGUGGCGCGUGGAGGUGGUGGAUUUCAGAGACACGUUUGUGGAUGCGGAGCAUUUGAAGGAGUGCUUCCCGGGCUUUAAGGUGCGGUUUGUGGAUGCGGAUGGGUUUGAGAACCCUGACCCUCAGCCUCCGUUCCGCGUGACUAUACCCAUGCCGAAGGCGCAGGAGGAGGGGCGUGGGGUGGCAAUGGGGGGGAAGAAGAAGGGGCAGGAGAAAGAGGGGAAGGGGAAGGGGAAGGGGAAGAAGGGGGCGAAGGGGAAGAAGAAGGGGAAGGGGAAGGGAGGGGAGGAGGAGAAGGGUGGGGAGAAGGAGAAGCAGGAGGGGGAGCAGAUGGAGGUGGAUGGGGAAAAGGUCAAGGAAGGAGAUGGUGGAGACGAGGCACCACAGCAGGGAGAGCAGGGAGACAAGGGGGAGCAGGGAGGGCAGGAGGAGGGUGAGGGGUGGUGGAACGCCAUCAUCAGCGGGGUGCAGCCGGGGUUGACCAUGAUAGUGGGGCCGCCUGGAACCGGCAAGACUGACACGGCUGUGCAGAUCCUGCAGGUGCUGUACCACAACUGCCCUGAACAGCGCACGCUUGUCAUCACUCACUCCAACCAGGCCCUCAACGACCUCUUUGAGAAGAUCAUGCAGCGGGAUGUGCGGGCGCACUACAUGUUGUGCCUGGGCAUGGGCGCGGAGCUGAGCUCACCCUCCCUCCUCAUCACCCCACUUGUUCCCCAUCCCCCUCUUCACCCCCUUCUCAUCUCAUCUCGGGAUGUGCCGGCACGUUACAUGCUGCGACUGGGCAUGGGAGAGCAGGAGCUGGACACGGAGCAGAAGUUCAGCCGCAUGGGGCGCGUCAACGACAUGCUUGCUAGGAGGCUCGAGCUGCUGGCUGAGGUGGAGCGACUGGCAGUGACACUUGGGCGGCCAUCUGACGUGGCGUACACGUGUGAGAGUGCGCCUACUUCUGGCUGCUGCACGUGCUCGCCAGGUGGGAGGCAUUUGUGGCCAAGUGAGGCACCGGGCUUUAAGAUGACGGGCGCGUCGUACGCACAGGACAUGCGCAUGGCAGAGAGCUGCUUCGAGUUCCUCAAGGGCAUGUUCCAGGAGCUGGAAGAGUGCCGGGCAUUCGAGCUGUUUAAGACCACAGCGGACCGCUCCAACUACCUGAUGGCCCGCCAAGCCAAGGUGGUGGCCAUGACGUGCACGCACGCGGCGCUCAAGCGACGGGACUUCCUGAACCUCGGGUUCCACUUUGACAACCUGCUCAUGGAGGAGUCAGCUCAGAUCCUCGAGAUCGAAACCUUCAUCCCCAUGCUGCUGCAGCGCCCCGACGGCCCCUCCUGCACCGUCGCUGGCACUGGCACUGGCACUGCUGCUGCGUCUGCUGCUGGUGCUGCGGCUGCUGGUGGUUCGUCUGGUGCUGGUGGCGGCAACGGUGCCUUGUCCUACUCUCGCCUCAAGCGCUGCAUCUUGAUCGGAGACCACAACCAGCUGCCCCCCGUCGUAAAAAACAUGGCCUUUCAGAAAUACUCGCGCAUGGACCAGAGCCUUUUCACCCGCUUCGUCCGCCUGGGCGUCCCUUACAUAGAACUCAACGCCCAGGGCCGCGCCCGGCCCUCCAUUGCCCAGCUUUACAACUGGCGAUACCGCGACCUGGGGGAUUUACCCGUGGUGAAGACCGGGGAGGAGUAUGUGCGCGCUAACGGGGGGUUUGCGUGGGAGUAUCAGCUGGUGGAUGUGGGGGAUUGGAUGGGGAGAGGGGAGAGUGAGCCGAACCCGUGGUUCUACCAGAAUUUGGGCGAGGCGGAGUAUGUGGUGAGCGUGUUUCAGUACAUGCGGCUGUUGGGGUAUCCCGCUGAGAAGAUAUCAAUUCUGACGACAUACAACGGGCAGAAGCAUUUGAUUCGAGAUGUCAUUGAGCGGCGAUGUGCCGGGAACCCACGUUUCGGCCGUCCCAGCAAGGUGACCACGGUCGAUCGCUUCCAGGGCCAGCAGAACGACUACAUUCUGCUCUCCCUCGUGCGCACGCGCACCGUGGGCCACCUGCGUGACGUGCGGCGCCUUGUGGUGGCCAUGUCCCGCGCCCGCCUCGGCCUCUACUGCUUCUGCCGCCGCGCGCUCUUCGAGCAGUGCUACGAGCUCCAGCCCACCUUCCAGCUGCUGCUGCAGCGCCCGGAUAGGUUGGGUUUGGUGUUGGAGGAAGGGAGUGCGAGGACGGGGAGGGCGGCAGGGGAGGGGAGUGAGGGGGCGUAUUUGGUGCCGGGGAUUGAGGAGAUGGCCAGGAUGGUGGAGUGGCGGCUGCAGAACGUGACUGAGCAGGUGAGGCGGAGGGGGAUGGGCUGUGAAUGA